CAUGCCCGCUCAAAGGCGAAGCGGUCCCCGCGGCGCGGCCAGUUUCAGUGCGGAUGGUCAAGGGAGAACAAGCGAACCAGCGGCCACACUCGUACGAACACCCGCGGCUUCGGCUUUACCCGGUUUACGGGCACAGGCUCAGCAUGGCACCCAUCAAGGAAUCCGCCGUGGUCCUGCUGCUCUCGGUGUCGCUGAUGCUGGGGCUGGCGACCGCGUACCCACACAGGGGCUACCAUGACGAGGGGGACGUCCAGGCGCCCGAGAAGAACGUGAGGCACAUCGACGGCCUAGGCGUGCAGCAGGCGGCGGGCUCCAGCAGCCAGCUGGAGGAGGCCAUGCGCCAGAUGCAGGAGCAGGUCAAGUCGGCGGGCGGCACGGGCAGCGGCCGGUGGUCCGUCAGGUACUCGGAGUACUCGAGCGGCAGCGGCGGCGAGGCCGGCUCCAGCGGCGCGCCCAUCCGCGCCACCAUCACCGGCGAAGCCCUGGAGGGCGGCGACGGCGUGCUCGGCGUGGCCACCAACUGCCACAACUGCAGGAUGAGGAUCAGGAAGGUUGGAGGCGGCGCCAGCGCGGCGGAGUACGCGGGCGAGCAGUCCGGGGCCGGCGUGCAGGGCGUGCAGCAGGUGCAGUCCAGCCAGUCCAGCCAGCGGUACUACAGCAGCAGGGCCCAGGGUGGCCAGGCCGGCCAGGGUGCCUACGUCGCCGGCCAGGGUGCCUACGGCGGCGUCCGCUCCGACGCGGCCCUGGGCGGCAGCGGCGCCAGCAGCAGCAGGGUGGUCCAGUCCUCGCGCGUCGUUGAGUCAGCCGGCUACGGCGGCGCUGCGUCGCGCCCGGAGUUCACCGGCGUCGACGCCGCGGGCACGGACGGCAUCUCGGGGUCCUCCCGGAAGGACACCCGCGUCACCAAGUCGUCGUGGCAGCUGUCGGACCUGGGCUACGGCACCAGCAACAUCGAGGACAUCAUCAGCCGCCUCGACAGCGACAUGCGCGCCGGCCGCUUCCAGAACGGCAAGACCGUCACCACCGUCACCACCACCACGUCGGAGAACGGCAGCCCCCCCGUCACGCGCCAGGAAACGUUCGUCAAGGACGGCGUCGUGGACGUGGCGGCCCUCCCCGUGCCCGGCGCCCCCGACCUGGGCCUCGGCCGCCCCUUCACCAUCGGCCACUCCGAGGUGGAGGACCUGCUCAAGGGCCUGCGCGAGGACCUCCGCUCGGGGAAGACCCAGGCCGGCAAGACCGUGACCACCGUCGUCGAGUCGUCCUCGGUCAACGGCGGCCCCCCCGUCGUCAAGAAGAACACCUACGUGCGCGACGGCUUCGACGCGUCCGCCUUGGAAACGCUCGGAGAGGACGCGGCGAGGCUCGGGCUCGGCGCCGGCCAGCUUGACCUCGGCCAGAGCACCGGCGGUGGUUCGCGCAGCGUGUCCAGGACGACGCACAGCUCGUGGUCGUCGGGCGGCCGCGCGCCGCAACACGUGGACCACCUCGGCGGCGGCAACCUGCUGACCAACACGCACUCCAGGAACGUGACUUCCGUCUCGUCGUACAGCUCGGAGGGCAGCAGCGGCAGCGGCGACCACCUCGUGGACGGCGGCCUGAAGGGCACGCGCCGCGUGGACGCGCUGGGCGGCGGCCACCUCAUCCGCGACAGCGGCAGCGCUGGCGGCUACGGCUCCGCGACCUACUCGUCGGGCAGCUCCACGCUCAAGGAGACGCGCCGCGUGGACGCCCUCGGCGGCGGCCACCUCAUCCGCGACACGGAUGGCGCCAGCUCUCAGUCUUCUCAGUACGGCGCCGGCACACAGUCCUCCCAGUACGGCUCCAGCUCGUCCAGGUACGGAGCGAGCUCGUACGGCGCCGCCUCCUCGGGCUCGGAGUUCAAGGGCACGCGCCGCGUGGACGCCCUGGGCGGCGGCCACCUGCUCCGCGAGACCGACACCUACGGCCAGCCCACGCAGGAGACCAUGAGCGUGUCGCAGAUGCCCGGCUACCGCAAGGAAGACGUCCCCGUGGACGCCGGCGUGCCCACCUACGGGGGCACCAGCAAGUACUACUCCACGUUCCAGAGCGGCGGCAGCGGUGGCUACGCUAGUGGCGCGGCCGGGCAGCAGGCGGGCGUCGCCGACGGCGCCGCAGUGUCGUCGGACGGCUCGUCGAGGACGUCGUCGUCGUCGACGUACAAGAAGGUCGUCACGUACAGCAGCUCCGGCAGCACCAGCGGCAGCAGCGGCCUCAACGAGGAGCGUGACGUGGACCGCCUCGGCGGCGGCCACCUCAUCCGCGGCGUCCCCGGCGACGUGCAGCGCGCGCAGACCGACGUGGGCGGCAACGCGGCCUUCAUCGCGGCGGAGCAGAGCGGCGGACGCAUCCCGGAGGCCUCCGGCAGCUACUUCUCGUCGUCCUCGUCGUCCUACCAGAGGGUGGCCGGCUCCGGAGUGAGCGGCGUCAACCCCGCGGCCCCCACCGGCACCGUCGUGGUCCCCGUGCGCGGCACCUCGUCGUCCGGCACGGUGUCCGGGACCGGCUCGGCGUACGGCAGCAGGACGGAGUGGGCCGACGUGCAGGAGACGCGCGACGACGAGUUCCCCCCGCUCGGCCCCGCCACCCCCGCCACCCCCAGCAUCAAGCUGGGCUACGGCACCGGUAACGGCGGCUACGGCGGCCCCCCUGCCCCCGCCGCGUCCCCGGACGCCCCCCGCGGGGGCAAGCUCACCGUCUCCUUGAUGGACAUCGGCAUCCUGCCGGCCGGAAGCAGCGGCUCCACGCAGCAGCAGGUCUCACAAACCAGCGACAGCGGCUACGGCGCGGGUGGUGCGGGGUACUCGUCGGGUAGCUCUGGGUACAACUCGGCCAGCGGGUACAGCAGCAGCAGCCGGUACCAGUCGUCGAGUUCGCACGGCGCGUCAGGCAGCGGCUACGGCGCCACUGGUAGCGGCUACGGUGCCACUGGUAGCGGCUUCGGGUCUUCCGUUUCCGGACACGACAGCGGCUCCAGGGCCUACAGCCGCCAGUACGCGUCCAGCGCGCCGGUGUCCUCGCACAGCGCGUCCUGGUCCUCGCACUCCACCUACUCCUCGGGCACGCCCGGCUCGUCGUUCGGCUCGUCGUACGGCAGCGAGGGGGUCAAGGGGCAGCGGAUGACGCGGGGCCAGCAGGCUCCCGACUGCGACGGCACUGCGUAGUGCAGCGUAGUUCCCCAUCGCCUCUGAUCUCUCUCAUGGCGGUCUCAGAUCGACAACACGCAUCGGACAAACAGAACCCCCCAUUUGUUGUUAAACCAAAUUUUCAUCCAUCAUCAUCAGCACACUCAUCACUUAUUUUGUUUCAUCUCUGUCACCACUGCAUUGUCUUUGUCAGUCACGUACAUGUUAUUAUGUAUUGGCAUCUCGAAUAAAGGCUUCGACCAAAACGCUUCGA